GCCUCUGUCCACCGCGUCAGUGCUGGUUGGAGGGACGAAGGAGGCGCGGAGCCCGCCGAGCGGAGGGUUCCCACAGGCGAGCGGAGUCGGCUGCCAUGGCGCUGGUGGGGCCUGUGACUUGGGGCUCCAGAAGAAAUGUCCAUCUCCUGUUGCUGCUGCUGCUGCUGCCGUCCUGGGUCCCGGCUGGGCUGAUUCCUUCAGAGACCCCAAGUGCCUGUACCUCAGACCCAUGUGCUCCAGGGACCCAAUGCCAGGCUACAGAAAGUGGUGGCUAUACCUGUGAGCCAGUAGAGCUUGGAGGCUGUGCUACUCAGCCAUGUCACCACGGUGCAUUGUGCGUGCCCCAGGGCCCAGAUCCCAACAGCUUCCGCUGCUACUGUGUGCCUGGCUUUCAGGGUCCCUACUGUGAGCUGGACAUUGAUGAAUGUGCAUCCCAGCCUUGCCACCAUGGGGCCACCUGCCGCAACCUAGCAGAUCACUAUGAGUGCCACUGCCCCCUGGGCUAUGCAGGCAUAACAUGUGAGGACGAGGUGGACGAGUGCUUGUCAGCGCCCUGCCUGCACGGAGGCUCGUGCCUAGACGGUGUGGGCUCCUACCGCUGCAUGUGCGCUCCAGGUUAUGCGGGCGCUAGCUGCCAGCUGGAUGUGGACGAGUGCCAGAGCCAGCCGUGCGAGCAUGGGGGCGUGUGCCAUGACCUGGUCAAUGGUUUCCGGUGCGACUGUGCGGACACGGGCUACGAAGGUGCCCGCUGCGAGCAGGAGGUGCUGGAGUGCUUGUCGGCGCCCUGCACGCACAAUGCAUCCUGCCUCGACGGCCUCCGGAGCUUCCGCUGCCUCUGCUGGCCAGGCUUCAGUGGUGAGCGGUGUGAAGUGGAUGAAGAUGAGUGUGCAUCGGAUCCCUGUCAUAACGGGGGCCUGUGCUUGCAGCGCUCUGACCCAGCCUUGUAUGGGGGUGUUCAGGCUACCUUCCCUGGAGCCUUCAGCUUCAGCCACGCCGCUGGCUUCCUUUGCACCUGUCCUCUGGGCUUUGCCGGGGAUGACUGCAGCGUGGAUGUGGACGAGUGUGCCUCAGGACCAUGCCUCAAUGGUGGCAGCUGUCAGGACCUGCCCAACAGUUUCCUGUGCUAUUGCCGGGAUGGAUACACAGGUCUGACAUGUCAGGAGGAUGUGGAUGAAUGCCAGUCGGAACCUUGCCUGCAUGGUGGAACCUGCAGUGACAUUGUAGCAGGCUAUAUCUGCCAGUGCCCUGAGGACUGGGGUGGACAUGACUGCUCUGUACAGCUCACAGGCUGCCAGGGCCACACCUGCCCACUAGGUGCUACCUGCAUCCCCACUUUCAAGUCUGGGCUCCACAGUUAUGCCUGCCACUGCCCACCUGGGACCUAUGGGCCUUUCUGUGACCAGAAUACCACCUUCUCGGUCGUGCCUGGAAGCUCUGUGUGGGGAUUGGUGCCAGCUGGUGUCUCUCUGGGUCUGGUGCUGCGGUUUUGUACCACACUGUUUGCUGGGGCCCUGGCCACUCUCAGGGACACCCAAGACAGCUUGGAGUUGGUACUGGUGAGGGCCACACUCCAAGCCACACUCUGGAGACAUGGCACUGCUGUACUUGUCCUUAUACUGCCAGACCUAGCCUUAAAUGACGGCCAAUGGCACCAGGCGGAGGUGACACUCCGCCUGGGAACCCUGGAGCUGCGGCUCUGGCACGAGGGCUGCCCUGGCCAGCUCUGUGUGGCCUCUGGUCCUGUGGCUACAGGUCCCACAGCCUCAGUGGCCUCUGGCCCUCCUGGGCCCUACUCCAUCUAUCUUGGUGGCUGGGCCUUUGCAGGCUGCUUCCAAGAUGUGCGUGUGGAAGAGCACCUUCUGCUGCCUGAGGAGCUCAACGGAAAUGUGCUCCUGGGUUGCAAACGCAGAGAACCAUGCCAACCUCUGCCGUGUGCCCAUGGAGGGGCCUGCGUGGAUCUAUGGACUCACUUUCACUGCAACUGCCCAAGACCUUACCAUGGGCCCACAUGCACUGACGAGGUUCCAGCUGCCACCUUUGGCUUGGGCGGCACCACGAGCUCAGUCUCCUUCCUGCUCCACCAGUUGCUAGGCCCAAACCUCACUGUGUCAUUUUUUCUCCGCACCCGGGAGCCUGCUGGUCUGCUUCUCCAGUUUGUCAAUGAUUCAGUGACUAGCCUAACUGUGUUCCUGAGUGAGGGCCAGAUCUGGACUGAGGUGCUGGGUCAUCCUGCUCUAAUCCUCCCUGGGCGCUGGGAUGAUGGACUCCGCCACUUGGUGGUGCUUAGUUUUGGCCCUGACCAGCUGCAGGACCUGGGCCAGCAGCUGUAUGUGGGUGGGAGGCUCUACCCUGAUGACACCCAGCCCUGGGGUGGGCCCUUCCGAGGAUGUCUCCAGGACCUGCAACUCAAUGACCUCCACCUCCCCUUCUUCUCUUCACCAAUGAAGAACUUAAGUUGGCCUAGUGAACUGCAUGCUGGCCAGUCGUUUAACCUCACGCAGGGUUGUGUCUCUGAGGACAUAUGCAAUCCAAAUCCUUGUUUCAAUGGUGGAGCUUGCCACAUCACCUGGAAUGACUUCUACUGCACCUGUUCUGGCAACUUCACAGGGCCCACCUGUGCCCAGCAGCUGUGGUGCCCCAGCCAGCCUUGCCUCCCACCUGCCACCUGUGAGGAGGUUCCAGAUGGCUUUGUGUGUGUGGCCGAGACUACAGUCCGCGAGGGCCCUCCUGCUGUGUUCAGCGGUCACAACGUGUCCUGGGCACCCGCAAUGAGCGAGCUCACCCUAGCCUUCCGCACUCGCGACCUGGAGGCUGUGCUGCUGCGCGCCGCUGCGGGCGCCCACUUGGGUAUCUGGCUGGCUGUGCACAACGGCUCACUGACAGUGGAUGUGGCUGGCUCGGUGCUGCCCGAGCCCGGACCACGUGUGGCCGAUGGUGCCUGGCACUUCGUGCGUCUGGCUCGGGAGCUUCCACAGGCCGCCGUCUCGCGCUGGCUGCUGUGGCUGGAUGGCGCGGCAAUGCCUGUGGCUUUGCAGGGCCUGGGCGGCGACCUGGGCUUCCUGCAAGGCCCGGAUGCCGUGCGCAUGCUGCUGGCUGAGAACUUUACUGGAUGCAUGGGCCGUGUGGCACUCGGCGGUCUCCCGUUACCCUUGGCGUCGCCGCGGCCCGGUGCGAUCUCUGGAGCCCGAGAGCACUUCGUAGCCUGGCCCGGGUCGCCGGUCAUGCGCCUUGGCUGCCGCGGUGCGCCUGUGUGCGCGCCCUCGCCCUGCCUGCAUGGCGGUGCUUGCCGUGACCUCUUCGAUGUCUUCACCUGCGCCUGCGGUCCAGCCUGGGAGGGACCCCUCUGCGAGGUCCGCGCUGAUCCGUGUCGCUUGUCGCCCUGUGUCCGGGGCCAAUGCCAUGUACGCCCCGAAGGCCGCUUCGAAUGCCGUUGUCCUCUUGGCUUCGCAGGCCCACGUUGCAGGUUGCCUGUUCUGCCUCAGGGAUGUAGCCUCAAUUCCACCUGCAAAGAUGGCACCCCUUGUGAGGGUGGUUCCCUAGGCACCAACUGCAGUUGCCAGGAAGGCCUUGUUGGCCUGAGGUGUCAGAGUCCUAACCUGUCUUGUGAAGUCAACCCUUGCUUGAAUGGGGGCACCUGCCGGGCAGCCAGUGGCAUAUUUGAAUGUACUUGCAAUGUAGGAUUCUCUGGCCAGUUCUGUGAAGUGGUGAAAAGUCCGCCUCUGCAGCUGCCGUUCCCACUGCUGUUGGUAGCAGUGCCUGCAGCCUGUGCCUGCCUCCUCCUCCUCCUCCUGGGGCUCCUCUCAGGGAUCCUGGCUGCCAGAAAGCGCCGCCAGUCUGAGGGCACUUACAGCCCAAGUCAGCAGGAGGUGGCAGGGGCCCGACUGGAGAUGGACAGUGUCCUCAAGGUGCCACCAGAAGAAAGACUUAUCUAAGCUGGCCUGGCUGCUGGAGCCACUGAAGGUCCUGCAGGAUCGUUGCAGAACAUCCCCUGGAGGCCCAAAGAGACUUUCCACAGCUAGGACAUCCACAGGAUGCAUCCCAUGGUUGGCAACCAUUGCCCCUGUCCAUUAUGGACUCAGAAAAUGGGGCACAACUCAGGGAGGCAGAGAAGGCUAAGGGAGUAUGAAUGUCUCUGACCUGCUGGGCUGCAAACAGGAGGGUACAUGUGGGUGCCCAUGGUAUGAUUGACAGGUGUGUGUAUGUGUGUGUCUUUG